AUGGACGAGAACGGCCGUAAAAUACGUCCGUUCCCGCCCACGGGAAUAGGUGCAGACUCUCGGCAAGGAUCCAUUAGUAGCACAGGACCAGGACAGCGGUCACGGGGUGCAUGGCCCCACGUUUCUCAAUACUCUACCACAUAUCCAGAUGCUGCUUCUGCCUCCCUUUGCAACCCCUAUCAGACGAACUUUACGUCAUCUCAAGCUGGGCAACCCAGAUAUUCAGAGCACAGCGUCUAUCCUAAUACUCUAAUUUGGACCCCUUCUACCAGCUCUUUGAAUCAGGAAAUACCCAAUGUUGAGCAGCAGCAACAGCAGCAGUACGUGCCAAAAGAUCGAACAGCUCUUCCACGACACUCCUUGCAGCCAGGUCAAUCACAUUUUGUGGGGCCUUUUCAAGAUCCAUCAUCCUAUACAAUCUCGUCAUUUGAGAACAAUCCACAGUUUCAACCGAAUAACCCCAGUGCAUAUCCACAGUCUCAGACACCGAUAAGUAACAUUAUCACACAGACCCCCAGUCUAAUGUAUCAUCCCCAAGCCUAUGUCCCCGUGCCAUCCAUGUCCAUGCCUCCGCAGUUGUACUCACACCCCCCUGCCUUGGCUGACCAGCAAUCGAUCGGCUAUGACACAAUUAGUAUGGGAUCCGUGCAGCCAGUUGCGUCCAAUUCCUUGAUACAAGAGAUUCUUGCCCGCAUGCGAAUUCUUUACACCUCUCUCUUUAAUCUAUACACAAAUUCUAAUAAGGUUAUGCUAGCAUAUCGGAAUUCUCAGGUGUUUCAGGUAUAUUACGACAUAUCUAUGACGAUGUGGUAUCUUGGGAAGACUACUUCAGAGAUAAUUCAGCUAAUCACUAGUUCUAUCGCGUCCUCGUCAACGUUGCCUCUUUCCAUGGACGCAAAUUUGGGCCUUGGCAGCACCUCAAAUUCUAUAUCUCGCUUGGCAAAUCCUCGGACCAAGGAGGACUCUGUAAUAGAGACGGAGCCCAAGGCCACUAUCGACGCCUUUGCCUCAAUCAUCACCCAUACAAAAGACUUUCUUGGAUCAGACCCGGUUUAUCCGCAUGCAGAAAUUACAUUCGAAAAGAAGUCCACUGAGGACCGGAUUGCAGAGUUAGAGUCUAACUUACGAAGGAUGAUUAAGCACAUCUAUGGCGAAUUAGACGUUGAUGCAGUGCUGGAAGCAGCCGGGUUAGCCUCGCUUGUUGCCGAGAAGGCUACCCCUAGUGCAACUAUAGGUUAUCUCACAGGAGCUGAUGAGGAACCGGUUUAUUCUAAGGAUGUCCUCUUGGCAAUGGAUAAGAGCCAAUUGGUAGAACGGAUAGAGGCGCAGAAUGCAAUCAUUGACACUCUACGACACACUUUUAGUCUAGUAACUGCAAAUAUUACGACGCUAUCUCGAGCCUCAGUUCCUUCGAACGCGAUGGGCGCGACUGAUGAGCUGAGCAAUACUACACCACCUGCUGUCAGCACAUUAAUGAAACAGUUAACUGAGCGCACUACGCAGUUGGCAUCUGCCCAGAGACGGCUCUUGACAGCAGAAGCAGAGCUACGGUGCCUUAGAGCUGAACGUGAGCAGCAGCACCCAGUGUCUACAAGCUAG